UGCUAAACCCCAUUGAGGCGCAUUGAAACCUCAGGACGCUUUUGUCUUAUUGGAGACAUUUUUUACAGUACAGCCAUAUAUUAAUAAUUUUAAGACAAAUCGGGAAACAUGUGCGCUUGUUAAAGCGCAUUUAUCAAAAAAAAUCACGCACAGUACGGUAGGUGUUCACGACAGUGAUGAGCGCGUUUGAGGCAGCAAUAUGAAAUCGCAUGAGUUUUAAUAGCAAAAAACAUUAAAUACACAAAAACGGGAGGGGAGACGAGAUAGAGAACAGAUACUACAAAAGGACAGAUUUAGUCCUUUGGCCCAUUCACAGCUGAAGCUACUAUUAUAUUCCCGUCAUCCUACAUGAGAGGAACACACUCCCAAGAAACUCCAGGUGUAACAAGUGAAAUACAUGUACAAUGUAUACUAUGGUAAAGACAGAGUUUGUUGAAGAGGAGAAUGAAGACAUGAGUGAUCCAGAACCAUCCAGAAUGAAACAUGAAGAUACUGAGGAACAAACAGACAUAAAAGAAGAAAGUGAAGGACUGGAUGAGGUGGAGGAGAAACAUCAGAAUCAAGAUACUUUCAUAACUGAAGAAACGUGUUCAGAGACUGAGAAGAAAACUCAAAGAACCGAAGCCAAAAACUCCUUCAUGUGCCCUCAGUGCGGACGGAGUUUCACGCGGAGAGACAGCCUUAAGGAGCAUUUACGAAUUCACACGGGAGAGAAACCUUUCAGCUGCCAUCGCUGCGGGAAGAGUUUCACGCGUAAAGAGAGCCUAAAAUAUCACCUGCGGAUUCACACCGGAGAGAAACCGUACGCCUGCCAUCAGUGCGGAAAGAGCUUCACCUUCAAAAACAACCUCAAGGUUCACAUAAGAAUCCACUCCAGGGAGAAGCUGUUCAUCUGCCCUCAGUGCGGAAAGGGUUUAACGUGUAAAAAAGGCCUCAAGGAUCACAUAAGAGUUCACACCGGAGAGAAGCCUUUCAAAUGCCAUCACUGCGGAAAGAGCUUUAAAUGGGCGCACAGUCUCAAUAAUCAUCUGCACUCUCAUUCUGGGGUGAAGCCUUUUAAUUGCGUUCACUGCGGAGAAGGUUUUACGUCAUCAUCCAUCCUGAAAAACCACCUGAAGGUGCACACAAAUGAGAGGCCGUAUGUGUGCUCUUUGUGCGGAAAGAGUUUUAUAUGGCUGGGCAAUUUUAAAGAGCAUCAGAAGAGACACAGCGGUGAGAGAGAUCACGUGUGCUUCGAGUGCGGCAAGACCUUCACCACAGCCAAACGACUGAAGGAGCACCAGAGGAUUCACACCGGAGAAAAACCCUACAAGUGCUCGCAUUGUGACAAGAGCUUCACUCAGUCUGGAUCGCUGAAGGUUCACGAGCGAGUUCACACUGGAGAGAAGCCGUACCACUGCCCUUCGUGCGGGAGGAGUUUCUCACAGUUAACCAAUCUUGUUACUCAUAUUAAAAAACAUUGUAAGAAAUCAUCGCAGUGAGAACACUCUUAAAGUGCCUCUAUUAUGGGUUAUGAAAGGUUCAUGUUUUGGUUUUGGGAGUCCCCAACAACAGGUUGAAAUGCAUGCAAGGUCAAAAAACACUUUCAUUGUCUUAUAAUAUGCGUUUGAAGAGUUCAUUUGCAAGAACAGAUAACUCAGUUUUAUAACAUUUUCAAAAUUCAAGUUUUUUCAUUGUGCAUUCCAAUUAAUCUCAAUCAAACUGCAGUUGUUGUUUUUUUUGUUUUUUUAUUAGGUUAAAAAAUAAUUUAAAAAUACAGCUAACUAACACAAUAAAACACGAUAACAUGAUAAAAAACACGAUUUUUGACAGUUUAAAAAAACGGAGUUAUCUGAGUUAAUUUAGUUUUACCUUACUUGCUCAGCGACUCCCAAACGAUUCGCUCAACGAUUCAUUUUUCCAAAGCCCUCCUUUGCUUGACGCUAAUCUGCGGUGAUUGGUCCGAUUUGUCUCAUUUCCAUUUCAUCAUGUCUGUAAUGCCUGAUAAAGCAGGUUUGUGAGUGCAGUGCUACUUUGUGUACAGCGUUGCCGGGGAAACUGCUAUUGUUACUGCUUCAAAAGCUCCACCUAGUGGCAAAGAAUGAAUUUGCAUUUUCAUUCAGACCAAAGCUAAAAGACCAGCAAGGGGGCGGACAAUAUGCUAAUAUUUCAUGUUGACAUCAACAUGAAAUGGCUUGGGAUUCGUUUUAAAAACGACUCGUUUCAGUGAUUCAGCGUCGACUCUUUUUUUUGAGAGACAAUAACUUUAUACUCGGUGCACUUUCAGAUUUAAAACUUUGCAGGAUGUUUUCAUUCACUUAGAGCUGCGUUACACACUGCAUGAAAGCUCAUUUUCAAAAAUCCAUAAUAGGGGCACUUUAAAAAUAAAGGUGCUACAUGAUGCUUUAGAAGAACCUUUUUGUCUAAAUGGUUCCAUAAGGAACCUUUAACAUCUAUAGAACCUUUCUGUUUCACAAAAGUUUCUUUGUGGUGGAAGAAGGUUCUUCAGAUUAUAAAAAGGUAUUUUUAUAAGAACCUUUGAUCUUUGAAUGGUUCUUCAAUGGAAUCGCUGUGAAGAACCUUUAUUUUUAAGAGAGAAGGUUGUUUUCAUGUGAAACACUUUUGAGUGGAUUACACUAAUGGUCAAAUGUUUCUUAUGCUCACCAUGACUGCAUUUAUUUGAUCAAAAAUACAGUAAAAUUGUGAAAUAUUAUUAGAAUUCAAAAUAACUGUUUCCUAUGUGAAAAUAUUUUAAAAUGUAAUUUAUUUCUGUGAUCAAAGCUGAAUUUACAGCAUCAUUACUCCAGUCUUCAGAGUCACAUGAUCCUUCAGAAAUCAUUCUGAAGAUUUGCUGCAUUUAUUUUUGAUCAAAUCAAUGUAGCCUUGGUGAGCAUAAGAUAAAUCUUUAUUCAUUAAUGUCAUUAAUUUAAGGGUUAAAUUUUUAAAUAAAGCUUUAAGAGCUUAUGUCUUGUGUAUAAUGUGCUGACUGUACAUGAGAAAUAAAAAAGUAAAAUCUUGCAAAAUAUUGUAUCAAGUGACCUGCUUUAUGAAUUCAUCAAAACAUAAAAUAAAUCAAUAUGAUAAUCUGAAGAUUAUGUAUCAAUUGG